AUGGGGUCCAAAACAGAGAAGGAAGAGCCACCCGGCUACGAAGCGAGCGAGUUCCAGGCGGUCCUCACCGAUGCUCGAGCACUCUACCGCGAGACGUCGGGAGACAACCUCGAUGAUUUCAUGAGCCCGCCUAUGCGCACCUUGUCCGACCUCAAGACGCAGCUCGAUAUCUCCAACGAGCACUUUUCUUCGUUCCGGGCGAAGAGAGCGUCCCUCUUCGGUGUCUUGACCACAAUGCUCAAACCCGUCGAGAUCGUUGGAGAGGUCGUUAGUGGUGCGGCGGGCGAGAUCUUCCCGCCAACGCAGAGCAUCUUCUCCGCCGUCAUGUUUCUCGUCAACGCGGCGAACAAUGUGUCCUCGACAUACGACUCCAUUGUCCAACUGUUCGGCCAGCUCAAGGACUUCACCGCCCGCUUCAACGUGUACCUGCAGCACAAAAUGUCGACGGCUCUGCGCGAAAAGGUGGUCCACAUCUUCAGUGCCCUCUUCCAGGUCCUCGUGCUCGCCACCAAGGAGGUCCGCCGCGGCAGGGUCAAGUCCUACUUCCGCAACCUGUUUGGCGCCGACAGCCCCGUGCAAGAAGCGCUCGCCGACCUACAGAGCCUCACUCUCGGCGAGGAGAGGCAGGUGCUGGCCGACACGUACGGUGGGGUCUCGCGGAUCGACACCAAGACGGAUCGCGUGGAGCACAUGGUCUCGCAGAUGAGUGAGAACAUUCAAGAAAUGAGAACAGAGUACAAGGAGAGAGCGACUGUCGCGCAUCAAGAUCGACUGAGGGAAAUCCUCGAACCGUCUCCCUUUCCCGAGGACUUCAACACAGCCUUCGAGCGGAAUCGAGUACCAGGUACGGGCAACUGGCUGUUGGAGGACUCGGGUCUGAAGGCGUGGAUGCGCAGCGAGACGCAUUACCUGUGGAUGUCAGGCGGCCCAGGCACAGGAAAGUCAUUCUUGGCCAGUCGCUUGAUCUCGUGGGGCACCGACAAGCUCUCGCACCUGGCGUACUUUUACUUCCGCGCCAACAACCCAGAGACGAGAUCUGUUUUACAAGCCCUGCGCGACGUUGCAUAUCAGCUCAGCGAGAGUGAUGCUUUGUAUGGCAAGCAUAUCGCUCGAACAGUCCACAGCAGCGAUGACAUCAAGACCAUUCCCAGCGCUUUCCGGCGACUCUUCGUGCAGCCGUUGGAGGAGGAUACUCGUGGACGGUUGUUCCAUGUCUUUCUCGACGGCAUUGACGAAGCGGAACCAGAUGAGUUGGAGGAACUGCUACGGCAACUCGAGCCUCAGGAGGACACCCUGAAACCACCAGCACAGCAUUCCAGAGUUCAAAUCGCCCUCGUGGGCAGGUCCUACUUGACUGAGCUUGUCACCUCCUACCUGGACCCGCCUUCGGUGCAGCACAAGCUCACCAUUGUUCAUGUCACGCCAGAUCGUAACGCAAACGAUGUACUUACAUAUAUCGAGGCGGAGGUGUUCACAUCGAGGCUCCUGAACAGAAGCACCUUGGAUUUCAAGAAUCAGGUCAUCCGGGCCAUGGCCAAACGCGUGGAUGGUCUCUUCAUCCUGGCCAAAUUUAUGCUGGCGGACAUGAACCGCAAGCGCAGGCCGACCACGAUUCUCAAGUCGCUCGAGUCAUUCCCCCGCGAGAUCAAUGGCGUACUGAGCACGACCCUUGCUAACCUGUCCGCGACAAUCACUGAGGAAGAGGCGACAGAUCUCAACGAGAUGCUUCGGUGGGUAACCUGCGCCGAGCAGACCCUCACACUCGAACAGCUCGAAGCAAUCUUGAUACUUGAAUUCGAGGACCCCCCUUUCCGGUUCGAGGACACACUCCGCGGGCAGUACGCCUGCUUCUUCGAGCUCGAGCGUGAAGAUGGCCUCACCACCGACGACCUUGUCAAGAGCCACGAGCGCGCGCAAAAAGGUCAACAGGAAUCGCCCACGGGCCGUUUUCGGAGAUCAAGCUCGACGGGCAAGAAGGAGUCUCCGCAAAGAGCCGUCAGCCCUGCGAGACGCAUCGCCUACAACCGGAGGCGGACAAGUCCCGUGGCUCUGAUCGAGACGAGCCCGAGUAGAAGGUACAGUCUCUCUCGCAGUCCCGCGCGAAGGCCUGAGCUACUCGACGCGGGGCAAGAGAUGGAGUUUCGGUCAAAGAAAUCGACAACCAUGGUCACCUUUUUUCAUGCCUCCGUCAGGGACUUCUUCCGCGACGAGGAUACCUUAUCCGCCACAAGGGGCGUAAAAGGACCGGAUAUAGGAUUCGACAUCAGCAAGGCACGUCUGCAUGUCCUCGAGACGUGCCUGCGCAUCUUCAACGACAAAAAAUGGUUCGACAAGCAUAAAUUAGGCGUAAAAAGGUACGCCUUGAGACAGUAUGCUGCUUGGUAUUGGCAAGAGCACCUUGCCGCCCUCUCACCCUCCGCGGUCAGUGUGGAGGAGAAGCGUAAGCUUGGGCCGCAAAUCUACCGGAUGCUGACCCAAGACGACAUCAUCUACGACUGGAGUGUUUUGUACGAGCAAAAUGACGAGGGUCUGGAAGUUUUGACGGACAGCAACAUUUCUGCCCUCAAGGCCUGGAUGAGUGAUCCAGAUGUCCUGUCCGGUCUGGGCCCAGAAGCCCAACAAUGGGCUAAAGGGUCCGUACAGAAGCCCACAGGUCUCUUCCAGCAGAUCGGCAGAUUCUACGCUAGAGCGUGGCUCGACCCGAGCUUCAAGCAGUACGUGCCCACUCGCUUCUGCUUCAAAAUCGUCCAGAGCAUCGCCUACAUGGAAGAGGGUCACAAGUGGUCUGACUCACAGUGUCACUGGUCGGCCAUCCCCGUCGUGACGCGUAUUGACAAAGCGACGGAAUGGGCCGCCUGCGAGAAGACGGCCCAUUGGUACCGUCGUGUGGGCAGUACCUUUCUCACAAGCGGCAUGAACGAGGAAGCCCUCCAGCAUUACAACAGCGCGCUGAAGCUUGAGCCAGACAGCGUCGAGACCCUGGGGCGGAAAGCGUUCUGCCUCUCCGUCGAUGAGCGGUAUGGUGAAGCUCUGCACCUGGCGCUGAAAUGCGAGGCCAAGGAAAAGGAAAUCCUCGAGAAUGGGAAGCCCACUCUACCACAGCGAGGAGCAAGCCAGUGGCGGUUAUACAAAGAUCAUUUCCUCAUUGCGCAAUGCUACUACCGGGCAAGGGAAGUAGACCUUGCCAUUCGGUACUUCCACGAAGCCCUUGACAGCGCUGAGAAUGCAGCGCUCGACUAUCACGAGCGAUUCGAAGCGGUGACUAGUUUCCUGGACGUUCUCGCAGCCGAGAACAAGCACGAAGAAAUGAUAAAGGUCAUGGAAGACAUGGCCCUCCAACCAUCCAGCCGCACCAGGGAGCAGAGUCGUCUUGUGGACUUUUUGUGUGCAAAACACAGCAAACCCAUAGUCCUCGAAUGGCUGCCCAAGGCAGCUUGUACAACGGGCAAGACAGACUUCCUGGUGGAGAGGCUCGAGAUGAGCGUCGACGUGGCGCACGACAGGCGUGAUACACUCAAGGAGCUCUAUCUUCGUCUCGCCAUGGGCACAGCGCUCGUCUACAGCCGAGACUUUGACGAGGCCAUUGAGGUCUUUGAGCAGAUCUCCCUGGUGGAGUAUCGACCAAGAGGCAAUGUACCUACAAGAUCAGCCCACGCGCUUUCCUUUCAGAAGCUAGCGUCGCUGUACAAGGGCAUGGCGUUGCGGGCGGGCAUCACGUCGUCUGGCGCCGAUCGCUGGAUCCAGAAGCUCGAGUAUGUGCAGGCCAAGCAAAGCGCUCAUCGGAACCAGGAUCUGCCAGCGAGCAUGCUCGGCUCCGACGUCAACGCCGCAGCCAUCUAUCUAGCGCUCUUCUACCGCCUCCGAGGGCGGAAAAGGGACGCAGAAAAAUUGUUGUCGGCUCUUAUCCUCGAAUCCUGCGAGAUACUGGAGGACGAGGAUCUGCAGAAUGAUCAGUUCGCGCUGGAGAACCUGCUGAAGCUGUUUGUCGCAGCGGGAGAUGACGGCAACGCCCUCGCCCUGGCGGUGUCGAUGCGACGUCUUAACCCAGAGGCCUCGCUCAGCACACCCGGUGACUCGCCUGUACAUACCCGCCUCGAGCCCAAGCUGCCCGAUAUCCAAUCGUCCAGCCGAUCCUGCGCAAACUGCUUGGAGAUUGUGCCAUCGAACGCCGAGUUUUUCAUCUGCCACUUUUGCCUCGAUGCGUUCUGUGGGAGAUGCCUGCACAAGAAGAUACAGCCCGGGACCGAUAAGACGAGUCUAUGCCAGCCAGACCACGAGUGGAUGGAGGUGCCGCCUCUGCAACGAGUGCUCCAUACGGGACAAGUUCUCAAAGAUGCGGAGGUGAUGAGCUAUCAGGAUUGGAAGCAUACCAUACGGGAGAGGUGGGAAAAGGGGGGUUUGUGA